GUCACAUGAUCACGUGAAUAUUUGAUCAAGAAGUAAACAAGACAUGUUUAGUGCUAACUCCCGUACAGUUGAGUUAGAUAGCCUAGUGUUCUAUUCCCUUGUCCUUCUUAUCUUAUCAGUAUCAGGUCUUGGUCUCAAGCUAAGAGGGUUAAAGUUCUCGAGUGAACUUUAAAGAAGUAGAGAGAGCAUUCUAUACUAGAUUCUAGCGUUCUAGUUAAACUGUGCUGCCCAAAAUGAGGCUCGUAAUUCAUGAUAAUUAUGAUCAGGUGUCUGAGUGGGCAGCAAAAUAUGUUAGAAGGAGAAUCAUCUCUUUUAACCCUGGCCCAGACAAGUAUUUUACUAUUGGUCUUCCAACAGGAAGUACCCCUCUAGGAAUGUAUCGCAAACUUAUUGAAUUCCACAAAGCUGGCAAAUUGUCAUUUAAGUAUGUUAAAACUUUCAACAUGGAUGAGUAUGUAGCUUUGCCAAGGGAACACCCAGAGAGCUAUCACUCCUUUAUGUGGGAAAACUUUUUCAAACACAUUGAUAUACAACCAGAAAAUGCACACCUUCUUGAUGGUAAUGCUGCAGAUUUGGAAAAAGAAUGUGUUGACUAUGAAAUUAAAAUCACAGAGGCUGGAGGAAUCAGGCUGUUUAUUGGAGGCAUUGGACCUGAUGGCCACAUUGCUUUCAAUGAGCCAGGCUCAAGCUUAGUAUCUCGCACACGAGUUAAAACUCUGGCUCAAGAAACUAUACAGGCCAAUGCACGAUUCUUUGGCAAUGAUCUUUCUAAGGUCCCCAAACAAGCUCUCACUGUUGGAGUAGGAACUGUCAUGGAUGCUGAUGAGGUUAUGAUUUUGAUAACUGGUGCCCAUAAAGCUUUUGCUCUGCACAAAGCAAUAGAGGAAGGUGUCAACCAUAUGUGGACAGUCUCAGCCUUCCAGCAACAUCCAAGGGCCAUUUUUCUUUGUGAUGAGGACGCCACCAUGGAGUUGAGAGUCAGGACGGUAAAAUAUUUCAAAGGUUUAAUGCAGAUUCAUAACAAGCUGGUAGAAGAACCUGGAGUUGUAAAGGUUGAUUAAUCUCAAGAAAUGCACUCUUGCCUACCAAAACCUAUUUUAUAAAACAUUGAACAGGCUGCAUCACAAUACUGUAAUUUAAAGCAAGCCUCUUUGUAACAGGGAAAGAAUAUUUAUGUCCCAAUAUAUCUUUUUUUAUGAAUUGUAAUUUGUAUGGCUGUGAAUGUAGACAGAAAUAUAGACUGCAAAUUACAGACAAAAAUUUAUAUUAAGUAGGGAAAAAACGUUUAACAUGAAAUUUAUUUUUUUAAAUUACAGCAUAAUUAAUAGUUGCAGUAAAAUAUUGGUAAUUAACUAAGCAGUUUCGUAAUUAUUAUAUUAAAUGUUUAACAUUUGAAAGUAUACAAGGUUAACGUAUUAAGCCUUAAUAACAGAUUUUAACAUUCCAUAAAAAAAGUAUGUGAGAUGUGUAAAUAUUUAGCUUACUGCACUGUCUCCGGAAUACUAAAACCAGAUGUAUUAGGUUUUUAACUAUUUAAAGCUUAUAUAUUAAAAUAUUAAAAAUAUAUUACACUCUAUCACAUACAAAAGAUCGUUUAUGGCGAUUCUUCAUGAACUUGUUGGUAAUCAGUAAAGACUUUCUAAAGUGAUAUAAUCUUGCACUCUACUUUUUACUGCCACAAACUAGAUCUAUAUACAACUUGGUAUAAAUACUAUUCCCUCCCUAGUUGUUUAUAUUAUUAAAAAAGUAGUUUUUGUAACCAAAGCUGCAUAAUUUUAUAAAAUUGCAUUUAUUAGAUAUUUUUAUAUGUUUAACUCCACAAAGUAAUUUUUUGCUCUAAAAUCCACCAACCUCAAUACUCUAUUCUAAUCUAUUCUAGCUAGUUUUCUUUUAUUCAUUGCAGCAUGUAGUGCUGACAAUAUCUUAUUUAGUUUACAUUUUUUUCCUGAAUUGUAUAGUCUGUAGAGUUAAAGUAACAGUUAUUCAUAAAAUAGAUCUGCAACAUCUAGCAGUUGUUUUUUUUUUAAAUGGAUCAGUCAUUUCUCUUUUUCUUGUGCAUUUUUUAUCAUGUAUUUUCAAUGUCAUAUAUAUCACAUGUCAUGAAUCAAGUUGAUUUUGAAUAUUAAUACAUGUAGUUUUUGCUAGAAGAAAAUUGUAUUAUUAUUAUUAUUAUUUACUUACAGUAAAAUAUUUGGGCAUAAUAAUGGAUGGUGCACAUAUUGAAAUUUGACAGUUUUUACUAAAGCCCUACCUCAUAUAAAACAUGUUUCCUUGGACCAUAACCCCUCUAGUUAACAUUUUAAACAACUACCCUUCCCCAAAGUCAUGACUAUUUGGUAGUCCUACUACACAAACUAAUGCUUAGAAUUAUGGAAAUCAGAUCAUUGGUUAUAUGUGCACAUCCCUAAUAUGGCAGUGUUAGUGAUAUUUCAACUAAAGUUGUUGACUCCAUGUAAUCAGCCUUACAUUCUCUAUUUUCUUUUAAUUUGAAAACAAUA